AUGCCGACCAUCACGGUAGACAAGUAUAAGCUUUACGAAGCCCUCGGUCAAAAGUUCACGACCGAGGAAUUCGAGGACCUUUGUUUCGAAUUCGGCAUCGAGCUCGAUGAAGACACCGAGGACACCAACCGCCCCAUUAUAGAUGGCAAGCAAGCGCCUCCCGAGCUCAAGAUCGAAAUCCCCGCCAACCGCUAUGACAUGCUCUGCUUCGAGGGCAUCGCCCUCAUGCUCAACAUCUUCCGCGGCUCCAUGCCUCCCCGGACUUCAAACAGAUACAACUCGUUCAUCUCCCUACAAGACAAGUUGCACCAGAACCUGGCGCGGCAGAGGACCUUGGUGUCAAUUGGCACCCACGAUCUUGAUACCGUAAAGGGCCCUUUCACGUACGAGGCCCUCGCUCCCGAGGACAUCAGCUUCGUGCCUCUCAACCAGACACAAAAAAUGAACGCUAGGGAGUUGAUGGAGUUCUACGACAAGGACAAGCACCUCGGUCGCUACCUCCACAUUAUCCGCGAUUCGCCCGUAUAUCCCAUCACCCUUGAUACCAAAAACGUCCUGAUAGAGGUCACCGCCACUGAUGCGACCAAACUAGACAUCGUGAUCAAGACAAUGGUCACCAUGUUCUCCAUAUACUGCAAGGAGCGCUUCACUGUGUACCCCGUCAAGAUCGAGUCCGAUCACAACAACCAAACGAGGGUAACCCCCAAUCUCGAGCACCGAACCACCGAGGUCGAAGUCGACUAUCUCAACGGCUGCACCGAGCGCUACCAUCGGUGCCCCCUCAUGAUCAACAAGCUGAGCGACAUUAUCCGCAUCGAGGCCGCCACCGCCGGCUGGAGUGAGGUCAUGCCGCUUAUUCUUUGCAGUCACGACGAAAACUUCUCUUGGCUCAACCGCAUCGAUGACGGCACCACCGCCGUCCGCCUCGCUAACCCCAAGUCCGCGGAAUACCAGGUCGUCCGCACCUCCCUUCUUCCUGGCCUUCUCAAGACCAUCCGCGAGAACACGGCCCAUGCGGUGCCUCUCAAGGUCUUUGAGGCUGCCGACGUCGUCUUCAAGGACGAGUCCCAGGAGCGCAAGACUCGCAACGAGCGUCACUUCGCUGCCGCCUGGUACGGCAAGACUAGUGGUUUCGAAAUGGUCCACGGCCUUCUCGACCGUGUUCUCUCCAUGCUCAAGACUGCCUUCGUCACUCGCGAGGAGGGUCUCUCCGGCAAGGCUAGCGGAAGCCUUGCUCCGUCCAGCGGCUCCGGGAAGGCUGACGGAUAUUGGAUCGAAGAAAUCAAAGAGGAGACAUUCUUCCCUGGUCGUGGUGCUGCCGUCUUCCUCCGCAUCGGUGGCGUUGAGAGGCGUAUCGGCGAGUUGGGCAUCCUUCACCCGUCUGUGCUGGAAAAGUUCGAGCUAAGAUACCCCGUAAGCACGCUUGAGAUUAACCUGGAAGAGUUCCUAUAA